UUAGUAAAUUAUUUGAAAAUAAUGCUUUCUGUAAGUUGCACAAAACAAUCCAAAUAAUGUGCAUUUGUCGUGAAACAUUAAUUUAACAGUGAAGUUACACAUUUAGCCCUGAACACCAAGCCCCGUGUGCCGCAUGUUUUGAUUUUGUUUUGCUUUCUGUGUUAUGUCUCUCGGGAGCUGGAGGGAACGAUGUGUUUUUCCUUCGUGCGCUCCAUGGAAAUCGGAAAUCACUCACAGUACGAAAACCCGGCGUGCGUACGCGCGAUAACAGCUCGGAGGAAAACUCACCCAGUUCGUGAUUCGCUUCGUGAGUUCGGGACGAGCGAGUGCGUGAAAAUAAAAACAUGCGAAAGGCAUGCUCGUCGAUCGUGGGGCCGAGCAGCCGAAAUGGUGACCGUCGAAAGUCCGUGAGUGCUGAUGCUCGGGUGUGGUUCGUGCCAUCAGGCUGUUCGGCUACCGUAAACGCAUCGGAUCGGACGGAUGGCGGUUCCGCUGGAUGGGAACUCAGCGUAGGCAGCUGCUUUAGUCUAGGGACGUUUUGUGUCAAGCGAACAACAGCUCAGAUCGCAUACGUUGCGGUGCGUUAUCUGCAGGUUCUUAUCGAACGAUAAUCCCGGGAUAUAGUUCUACCACGGAACGGUUCUGGAUUCUGUGGCCUGCGAUGUGUGUGUAUGGAUUUUGUGGAUAAAUGGUGAAUCGUUGCUUUCGAAAGGUUUAGCUCCACAGGUUUGCUAAGGUUUAUUGGUAAAACUUUGUGUAAGUACAUGCGUUAAAAAUAUCGCAAUUGAUGAAUUUAAAAGUGUGUCAAACCGGCUUAGUGAAAUGACAGUUUAAUUUUUGGCGCCAAGUGGUGCAGUAAAUACUUUUAUUGGCAGUGCGUCCAAUGGAAAAAGAAUUCUUUCCGGUUGAGUUUGUGAAACAACCGGGAAUGUGAAUCGAAAAUAAAGAUCGUUAAACCUUAACUGGAAAAUUCUUAUACGUGAGUGUGUGUGUAAAGUGUGUUAAAAACAAACCGUUAAACAGGAUCGCCCUUACGUGGGCAGCAUUCGGUACGAAAGCGUCAUCCGCUGUGCAACCGAGGACGCAGCAGCGACACAACGUCGCAGGUGGAUUUUCAAUAAAUAAUCCUUAAUUAUUCAGCACAAUUUACUCAAUGAAAUGGUUAGCGGUGAACGAAUCCAUUUAAAUUUUAUAAUAAUGUAGAUUUAUGGAAACCCCUCGUUUCUGGACCAGUGCAUAUUCGGAUCGGAUUUUUCAGCCACUGCGGCCACGCCAGCUGCAGCUCGCGACGUUGAUCGAACGGGGCUCCGUUUUUACUGUUGCUAGCGUGAAAAGAGAGUGCAACAUUGGUGUGAAACCCAUUACGCUACGAGGUGUGCGGGCGUGUGCGUAUUGAGUUAAAGGGCAGAUAGUAAAUUAAAAACGGAUACAAAUCCAUUUGUGAAAAGGAAAGCGUACGGCAAGCAGUAGGGCGAAAAUAAAGUGAGCUGCAAAAAAAAAAUAUAGUUGUGCAGUGAUAUUGAAAUCACGCCCGCGAUGCUCCCCGAUGUACCCCCGGUGCGCUAGUACAAAAAGUUGCCAUCACGAAUAAAGCACAGGAAGGAUAUACGAAUGUGCACCGUGCCAAAUGUGCUAUAAAAUGAGCCAGACGAAUGAAAUCAUUGGCUAGUCAUUAAAAGCGGGGCAAUUUGUCGUGGUGUGCGUAUGUGUAUGUAUGCAUAACCCUCAGUGGUCGUAUACGUGUGUAUCAGUGUGAGUGAGUGUGCGUGUGUGUCCUUGUGCAAAUCCGUUAAGUGAACCGAGUCAUCAACAACAUUCUACAACGCGCGAGCAAGUUGCGCAAACGGAAGUGUUCGGGACACCGAUUCGAAUCUGUUCUCUCGCGGGAACGGAUACAGAAUAGGAAGGAACGAUCACCGGCGGCAUUUACAGAUCAAAUUCAUCGCUUCAUCAAUUACACCUUGGAUUAUAUCAAAUCUACGAACAACAGUCAAAAUGAUUGGUGCUUGGUGUAAAUUACAUGCCAGCUUCAUACGGCCAUCACGGACCAUCAGCUGCAAUGUGCUGAAACGGUUCAUCAGCAUCGGCAUCCUGCUACAGAUCAUCGCCAAUUGUGAUUACGGUUUCGGUGCUAUCCGAUCGGUACAGCUGGUAGUAGAUCCUCCCGCAGUACGGCGUGGACAACAUGCAACGUUGCGCUGUCUGUACGAUCUGGAUGACUCCCCGCUAUAUUCCGUAAAGUUCUACCGAGGUUUGCGAGAGUUCUACCGUUACUCGCCGGGCCAGCAGCCGAGCAAGAAAAUUUUUCCCUUUCCCGGGAUCAAUGUUGACGCAUCACUGUCCGACAACCGACAGGUGGUUAUCAAAAAUGUGGGCUUCGGACUGUCGGGCAAUUUUUCCUGCGAAGUCACUGCUGACGCACCAUCGUUCUCCACCGCCACGGAACACAUCAGCAUGCAAGUAGUGGAGCUACCAGAGAGUGGACCCACCCUGUGGACGGAGCAUACCCGGUACGAGCCAGGCGACGUGCUGAGAGCAAACUGCACCUCCCAACCAUCGAGACCGAAAGCCGAGCUAACACUGACACUGAACAACAUGGUGGUUUACACAUCGCACGAAGAAUCACGAACCACCACGGACAAUCUGAUCUCCAGCAGUCUCACAUUACGGCUGCACCUUCAAAGCUCACACUUUGGCUCGGGCCUGAUGCCAGGAUUGGGCGGUGCGUCCGGAUCCGGUGGUGCGCUAUUGCUGCGAUGUACCGCCACCAUCGGGAAGCUGUACGAACGCUACACCGAGCUCGAACUGGGCGUUCCCCAGCGGGAUCCAAUACCGGCCAGAGUCACAUCGUCCGGCGGUGCAAGGAUAUUCCCCAGCCCGGUAGGUGGUAUGACCGGUAGCCGGAGUCUGUGUGUGCUCGUGCUCAUCAUGCUGACACUGGUGCUGCAUAACAACCAUCCCUCAUUAGCCCAAAUCAGUCGACCGCUGUCCUCGUUCGGCACGCUUCUUCGAAGAUAGUUUGCCUCUACCCGUAAGCCGUGUUGCAGUGACCACCAGGGACGGACUACUGCGUGGCUGCUACUGAAUGCUGUUAGUGCUAACGAGACCCAUUGCAUCCUUUCCUAAACACCCAAGCUGGCAGGCUGGGCUGGCAGCAAAGAAUGGAUCCUGGUACAUACCACCCACCUCCUUGGAACCUUACAAUUACCCACAGUCAUCGAUGGAGCUUACUGGGAAAUUUACUGGGUACAGGAUUGAAUCCCCGGAUUGUCGUACAUUUCGUUCCUCCGUUCCAUUUCGCACGUAUGUUGCGUUGUUCCAGCUCUAUUUUUUACCUCUUCCCCUAUUCCAGUUCCCAUUCAACAUCUUCCAAGCAUGUUCACACGUAAUGGUAAUAUGUGUGUGUGUGUGUGUCUGUCAUCUCGUCGAUAAAUCAUGCGGUUGAGAGAAAAUAUUUCUGCAGCUGCCUGCAGACCGCAACCAUCACUUUGUCUGCAACAGAAGCCAAAGCCACGACCGUGAUGUUUAGAAUGACACUAAUGAUAAUGAUAAUGAUGAUGGUGAUGAGUGUUUUGCAGCACUCUCAACCAUUUUGGGUGCUGCCCUUUCAUGAUGCGUAUGUCCAGAACAAAAAAAAAGUGUACAACGUCCUGCAUCGUCAAGAUUGUAGAAAUUCUCUUUCACAGAAUGUGGUUUAAUUAUCGGAAAAUGUUGAAUGUGAUAAUAUGAUAAGCAUCAACAUGCAUUUAUUGCAGUACAAAAACGCAAUCUUCGUUUCAUCUAAGAAACUCUUGAACAGCUUGAAAAAAACUUCUCUUUUCUCCUUUUUAGCUUAUCGUCCAUCUGAUAUGUGUAUUGUUAACUUCAACUUACAUCAGAUAAGCGAUAAAUUAGAGUGCAAGUUCCAUUCUUAAAAUCAAACAAUGCGUUAUCUAGAUGUCCUUAAUACAAAGAGGUUCUUUGAUGUUUUACCUUCUACCUUUGUGCAUAUACAUAGUUAAAUCAAAUUAAAUUGUUAUGUAUGCUUGAUAAACAGAAUACGAAAAACCUUCAAAUCAAAUCUCUAAAACUUUCAACCUACAACACACCACUAAAAUAAUUGAAUGUAAAUUUUCCCUUGAUCCUUGCACGUGUGAUGCAUUCGAUAAUGAGCCGAUAGUGCACACGAAAACGUCAUCAUAAGCGAGAAAAACUCGAAAGCUUUUGCAGAAGGGAAAAACAGUAAGGUAAAUUUCAUUUGUUCGUUUAGCUUGGCUGUUCGUUUUGUUUUUCUUUGCCAAGGUGGAUGAAAAAACCCAUUUCACUGUUUAAUUUUCCUGUUUUCUUUUUUGUCCAGCAAUUGUGCGAGUGCAACAUCAAACCGAACAGUACCACUCGUUGAAAGAAAGUGCUAGAGUGCACCCGAUCAUAUGGUGCAUCGCAUCACGGCACCCACCAGAAUGCCCAAAAGCCCUGUACCCACUAUCAUGCUGAUGAUGAUGAUGAUGAUGAUGAUGCCAAUCAUGGCUUUUCGUUUCCCUUUUUUUGUUCCCCUAUCUUCACUGUUGAUGAUGCAUUGCGAAAACGGUACUAAAGCGCCACUACGUAGCACACCGGCCACGCCGAAACGAGGGGCAUGGUACGGUUCCGCAAGCGAAAAUUUAAUUGAAAAUGAAUAAAUGAAGUUAUGCUGCUUUGGUGCACUUUCGUUUGAUGUGUCGAUUUUUGUUUUCCACAUUUCUGCUGCCGCUUUGGCUCCCUACCUUUGUAUGGUGCAGUGUUUUUCCUCUUGCACGACUAUUCGAUACAUGCAAUCGAAAUGGGGAAGAAUAUGGCUAAAACGGAAAAGGAUUAAAUGAGAUUUUUUUUUAUUAACCAACGAACACUUAUUUGAAAAUGCCUGCAAUAAGUGAAAGCAUUUUAUGUUCCACCCGGUUGUGUGGCCAUAUUGAUAGCUUAUGAAUAGAGAAAAGGUAGAAAUUGGAAUUUGGGUGGCGGUAAACGGAACAUAAUGAUCGGCCAUGAUCGUGGCUACGGUUUGUUACGUUACGGUGUAAUGGAUCGAAGGUUUUUGUCCAGUUUAUAGGUGAGUUAAAUAGCGAACCGUAAUUUUGGUUCUUUUAUUACCCAAAAAAAAUAACACAGUGCAUUGGUGACACUUUGAUUUUCCAUAAUAUUUUAGCACCGAACGUGUCGCUACGAAAUAGGGGAAGUACUCGUAAAGCAGUUCCGUUUAAAAGUCGUUUAAAAUUUGCCAAUAAUCGUUGCACUGGUUGCACUUUCGUCCCACGUUUUUUUACCAUUGCUUUAGGCAAAAUGGAAACUUAUCGUUGAUUCAAAGCGCACAUGCUUAAGGUUCAAUUCGAUCAACAGCGAAUGGGAUGAAAUGGAACAUACCGUUCUGCUUCUGCACCCCAGCGCGGAGAGGAUCGACGAUAGAUUAAUUGAAUGCACUGUUGAAAUACGAAGCUCGUGCGCCCGGAGGGAAAAUUGUUUCAUCCAACCAACCAACCAACCGAAUGUGACUUGCAAAUCACAAACCUUAUCGUGUUACCGUUUGUUUCGUUGGAAGUGGAAUAAAUUGAUUAAUUCCACGCGCGGGGUUGAAAAUAAAACGCCCAUCCUGUCCACUUGUGCGAUGAUUGGGUCGCACAUUGAUCGAUGACUUUUUCACAUCGCCAAUUCGCUGAUGGCUAAAGCGUGCUUCGUGCAUACGGUUCGAUGUUUAUGAAACUAAUGAUACUACUCAGCAGCCUGAUUCCAGUGAACGGCCAGGCGCCUCCAUCAAAGGGCACAAGGGAAUGGUAAUACGCAAUCAACUAUUCCGCGUACAGUUACUGACGUUCAGUGCCGUCAGGUGUUGUGAUAUAAUUAAUUUUAAAUGUAUUUAUCAAUUUUCUCGUGUGAAAUACCACUUCUAAAAGGAAAUUGAUCACAUGAAUACGGGCGCCAUGGAAAUCAUUUUAGAUUGAAUUUGUUUUUUUGUGCAUUUCUACUAACAUGAUUGCGAUGUAUGAAAGGGAGAAACGCAACCUGGAACUAAUGACACGUUGCUGCAAAACACUCAUCCACCCGUUCAUUAAGUAAAACUAUAUAUUUAAAAGAAGAAGAAGAGAAAAAAACAUACACAUGAACAUAAUGAUUCAGAAACUAGAUGGUAAAACUGAUGUGUAAAUAGUUGUUAUUGAUAAGAGCUUUCCGUUGGCGGAUACACAGAAGAAUGUAUGUACGAUCGAAGAUUUAAAAAAAAACCGAAAGGCAGCAACAUUGCCAGCUGCUCCGAAGUUCCGAAGAAGCAAAAGCAAAUUGCAUUGAAAUCCCUUCAAUCCAUGGCUAAGCUUACAUUCAACUCAUUCCAACGGUCGAUCUUGUUUUGCUCCGCAAUUAAACAGCGAUGGGUUCGACUACUGUGGGAACGGCAGUGCAAAUUGUUGUAGUGACGUCUACAUUUAUGAAACACAUCUAAAUUGAAAAUAUGAUAUACCCGAAAGGUACAAGCCAACCGAUGAGCUAGAUGUAUUAAGUUUCUUUUAUAUGAACCGUGUACGAAUAAAAUUGCUGCUAGCAUGCGAAAUAGUAAAUGGGAAAUUUGUGUGAAGGGAAUCUAAAAAAAAACCUUUACCGAAUGCAAAUAGAUGAGCGAGAGCGGCUAGAAAAUUACCUAAGCAAAAACCCCCCUAAACUCUAAACGUUUCUCGAUGUAAUGACUUGUAAUGGUGUAAAGGGGCAAAGUUAAAAUGAAGGCAUAAGAAACGUGGUGAUAAGACAGGCAGUGCACGAAUCGUACAUAAAUCCAGCACGACAAUGAGGAAAGUGAUUGGAUUACGCAAAGUAAGGAUUAAAAACUGGAUUCCAAUACAGGUGUGGAAGGGAAAAAAAACAAAACUAACUCUAAUCACAAAGUAGGCGAAUGUUUUGAUGGAAUGCAAAUAGAAGGGAAAUCAACAAAAAAAGCAAGCGAAGGAAUAUUACCGUGAACGAUAAAAUCACUAAACUAAUCCAUACAACCGAAGAGAUACGAACAAACACAACAAACCAAACCAAUUAAAAGCAGAAUCAGCAUGAACAUGAAUAGUUUAGGUGGCUUUUUUGUAACAUGAUCGAUAGCAGGUGUGAUGUGUACGAGUGAAAGUCCGACGUGCAAAAAAGAGAAGAGAAAAAAACACAGCAAAGAUUUAAAAAAAUAUGUAGGACGAAAGUGUUAGAAGGCGAUGUGUAGAAUGGUGGAGCAGUGCUGCAAGUGUUUGUGUGAGCAUAAAUAUUAACGAAAAAAAAGAAAAGCAAAGGAAAAAACACAUUUGAGAUAUAUUUGCAAACAUUCAGUUGCAGUGGAAAAUGGCCGCUACAAAUAAUUCUCUAGUGCGUUGGGUUGUGCAGGUGAAUAGCAAAAGCAGGGUGCAUUAUAUGAAAUUGGUUUAAAUAAAAUGAAUCCGAACGAA